AUGUCCAUGGCCCCCCCACUGACGAUGCCGGUGACCCUGGAGCUGCGGCUGCUGCUUCUGGCGCUGGCGCUGCGGGGGGGGGCGGGUACCCCCCCGGUGUCCCCUCCGAUGUCCCCCCCGGUGCCCCCCCCCGAGGCCCCUCCCGAGGCCCCCCCCGAGUCGUGCGCGGCGGCGCUGGCGGCUGUGCUGGCGCGGCUGCGGGAGCUCGAGGGACACGUGCGGGCACUGAGGGGACACUGUGGGGACACGGGGGGGCCCCAGGCCGGGACAGGCCGGUCGGUUCAGCUCUGUGCCCCCCCCGCCGGGGGAAGCUGCGCCUGCCCCGCCCCCACGGCCGAGGCCCCGCCCCCUGCCCCGCCCCCCCCGUGCCCGCGGGGCUGCAACGACCAGGGCCGGUGCGAUCGGGGCCGGUGCCGCUGCUUCCCGGGCUUCAGCGGCCCCGACUGCGGCACCCCCGCCUGUGCCCCCGGCUGGGGGGGCGUCCACUGCGACAUCGAGGUGCCCGCAGUGACACCACGGUUGGCCACCCGCACCUCGACAUCCCUGCGUGUCACCUGGCCCCGGCCCUCCCCACCUCCCGACGGCUACCGGGUGACACUUGUUCCCCUGGAUGACCCCAUGGCCAUGACAACACAUGAGCUGCCCGGCUCUGCUGUGGCCUUCUCGGUGACAGGGCUGUCCCCAGGCCGCCCCUUCGAGCUGCUGGUCCAGGCCCGGCGGGGGCCUCACCUGGGAGCAGCAGGAGUGUUGCGCCUGCGCACAGCACUUGUCCUGGCUGUGCCCCCCCACGAGGGGUCCCCAGGGUCCCCUCAGGGUUCCCUGGGGUCUCCAGCAGUGGCACCAUCAGCCCAAGGGUCCCCAGGGUCACUGGGGUCCCCAGGGUCACCAGCAUCGCCUGCAUCACCAGAUGUGUCCUUGGGUUCACAUGGGUCUUUGGGGUCACCAGCAUCCCCCUGGGUUCCGGCGUCCCCCGUAGGUCGAGGGUCCCUGGGAUCCCCGGCGCCCCCAAGGUCACCAGUGUCACCAGAAUCACCAGUGUCACCAGAAUCUCCAGGGUCACUAGUGUCUCCAGAAUUCCCAAGGUCCCCAGUGUCACCAGAUUUCCCAGUGUGGCCAGCAUCCCCAGAACCCCCGAACUUCCCAGAGUCACCAGUGACCCCAGUGUCCCCAAGGUCACCUCCAACCCCACAGUCCCUGGGGUCUCCAGUGCCCCCAAAGUCCCCAUUAUCUUCAGAGUUCCCAGAAUCCCCGUGGUCCCAGCUGUCCCCAUGGUCCCCGCUGUCCCCGGGUAUCCCCUCCCUGCAGGAACUGGUGGCUCGGCUGUCCCCGUACAGUGGGUCCCUGCUCCAGCGCCUUGAAAGCCACCUCUGGGCCACCAAUUUCCCACUCCGGGGCAACCAGACAGUGCCGGCAGUGGCCCGUGCCAUCCUGGAAUAUGUCCUGCGCCGGCACGUGGCCCUGGGGAAGGGACAGGGACCCCCCUCCAAACCCCGAGGGGAUGGAACACUCCUGGGGACCACAGGGGAGGGUGGGAAUCAGGAGCUGGUGCUGCAAUGGGGGGACAUGGAUGGGACAGAGCUGAUGGAACCAUGGAGGGACGUGGAGAAAACAGUUGCAACCAAGGCAGAAGAGCCACCCCCAUCCAAGCCAGUCCUGGGUGACCUCACCGUCAUCAGUGUCACCCCCAGCUCCGUGGGGCUGCAGUGGAGCAUCCCCGAGGGCCCCUUCGACUCCUUCAAGCUGCAGUACCGGGAUGCCCAGGGCCAGCCCCAGGCCCUGCCCAUUGAUGGUGGGUCCCGGUCGGUGACAGUGUCGGGGCUGUCCCCGUCCCGCCGGUACCGCUUCCACCUCUACGGGCUGCGGGGCGGGAAGAGGAUCGACCACGUCUCCAUUGAUUUCGCCACAGGGUGGAAGAGGCCUGGUUGGAUGGAUGCAUGGGUGGAUGGAGCUGACCCAGAUGAUCUGCCCCCACCCUUGGUGGACCCCCCAGCUGAGACCCCCUCAACUGAGGCACCCCCAGCUGAGGACCACCAACCUGACAGCUCCCAAACUGAGGCUCCCCCGGCACGGGCGGUGCUGGGGGAGCUGAGGGUCUCCAGUGUCACUCCCAGCUCUGUGGGGCUGCAGUGGAGCGUCCCCGAGGGCUCCUUUGACUCCUUCAAGCUGCAGUACCGGGAUGCCCAGGGCCAGCCCCAGACCCUGCCCAUCGAUGGCGGGUCCCGCUCGGUGACAGUGUCGGGGCUGUCCCCGUCCCACCGGUACCGCUUCCACCUCUACGGGCUGCGGGGCGGGAAGAGGAUCGACCAUGUCUCCAUUGAUGUCAUCACAGCUCCCCCAUCUGAGGCCCCCCCAGCACGGGCAGUGCUGGGGAAGCUGAGGGUCUCCAGUGUCACCCCCAGCUCUGUGGGGCUGCAGUGGAGCGUCCCCGAGGGCCCCUUCGACUCCUUCACACUGCAGUACCGGGAUGCCCAGGGCCAGCCCCAGGCCCUGCCCAUUGAUGCCGGGUCCCGCUCAGUGACAGUGUCGGGGCUGUCCCCAUCCCGCCGGUACCGCUUCCACCUCUACGGACUGCGGGGCGGGAAGAGGAUCGAUCGUGUCUCCAUUGAUGUCGCCACAGGCACGACUGAACCAGAGGAGCCGCUUCUGGCACAACUGCCCUCAGAGGAGCCCCAACCUGAGCACCCUCAAACUGAGCCUCCCCCAUCUGAGGCCCCCUCAAUGCGGGCGGUGCUGGGGGAGCUGAGGGUCUCCAGUGUCACCCCCAGCUCUGUGGGGCUGCAAUGGAGCAUCCCCGAGGGCCCCUUUGACUCCUUCACGCUGCAGUACCGGGAUGCCCAGGGCCAGCCCCAGGCCCUGUCCAUCGAUGGCGGGUCCCGCUCGGUGACAGUGCCGGGGCUGUCCCCAUCCCACCGGUACCGCUUCCACCUCUACGGGCUGCGGGGUGGGAAGAGGAUCGACCGUGUCUCCAUUGAUGUCACCACAGCCACAGUUGAGCAAGACGAGAUGCUCCUGCCCUCAGAGGAGCCCCAACCUGAGCAUCCCCAAACUGAGUCUCCCCCAUCUGAGGUCCCCCCGAAACGGACAGUACUGGGGGAGCUGAGGGUCUCCAGCAUCACCCCCAGCUCCGUGGGGCUGCAGUGGAGCAUCCCCGAGGGCCCCUUUGACUCCUUCAUGCUGCAGUACCGAGAUGCCCAGGGCCAGCCCCAGGCCCUGUCCAUUGAUAGCAGGUCCCAGUCGGUGACAGUGCCGGGGCUGUCCCCAUCCCGCCGGUACCGCUUCCACCUCUAUGGGCUGCGGGGCGGGAAGAAGAUCGACCACAUCUCCACUGAUGUCAUCACAGCCACAGCUGAGCAAGAGAAGCCACCACCAUCCCCAGAGGAGCCCACACCUGAACACCCCCAAACUGAGCCUCCCCCAUCUGAGGCCUCACUGACACGGGCGGUGCUGGGAGAGCUGAGGGUCUCCAGUGUCACCCCCAGCUCUGUGGGGCUGCAAUGGAGCAUCCCCGAGGGCCCCUUUGACUCCUUCACGCUGCAGUACCGGGAUGCCCAGGGCCAGCCCCAGACCCUGCCCAUCGAUGGCGGGUCCUGCUCAGUGACGGUGCCGGGGCUGUCCCCAUCCCGCCGGUACCGCUUCCACCUCUACGGGCUGCGGGGCGGGAAGAGGAUCGAUCGUGUCUCCAUUGACAUCACCACAGCCGCAGCUGAGCCAGAGGAGUCACUCCCACCCUCAGAGGAGCCUCAGCCUGACCAUCCCCAAACUGAGCCUAGCCCAUCUGAGGCCCCCCUGGUGCUGGCGGUGCUGGGGGAGCUGAGGGUCUCCAGUGUCACCCCCAGCUCCGUGGGGCUGCAGUGGAGCGUCCCCGAGGGCCCCUUUGACUCCUUCACGCUGCAGUACCGGGAUGCCCAGGGCCAGCCUCGGGCCCUGCCCAUCGAUGGCGGGUCCCGCUCGGUGACGGUGCCGGGGCUGUCCCCGUCCCACCGGUACCGCUUCCACCUCUACGGGCUGCGGGGCGGGAAGAGGAUCGACCGCGUCUCCACUGACGUCAUCACAGGAGCCGCUCCUGCCCCCAAGGCCCCCCCAGCGCGGGUGGUGCUGGGGGAGCUGAGGGUCUCCAGUGUCACCCCCAGCUCUGUGGGGUUGCAGUGGAGCGUCCCCCAGGGCCCCUUUGACUCCUUCACGCUGCAGUACCGGGAUGCCCAGGGCCAGCCCCAGGCCCUGCCCAUUGAUGGCGGGUCCCGCUCAGUGACGGUGCCGGGGCUGUCCCCGUCCCGCCGGUACCGCUUCCACCUCUACGGGCUGCGGGGCGGGAAGAGGAUCGACCGAGUCUCCAUUGACAUCACCACAGCUCCCCCAUCUGAGGUCCCCCAGGCGCGGGCAGUGCUGGGGGAGCUGAGGGUCUCCAGCGUCACUCCCAGCUCUGUGGGGCUGCAGUGGAGUGUCCCCGAGGGCCCCUUUGACUCCUUCAAGCUGCAGUACCGGGAUGCCCAGGGCCAGCCCCAGGCCCUGCCCAUCGAUGGUGGAUCCCGCUCGGUGACGGUGCCAGGGCUGUCCCCGUCCCACCGGUACCGCUUCCAUCUCUGUGGACUGCGGGAUGGGAAGAGGAUCGACCACGUCUCCACUGAGGCCACCACAGCUGCACCUCCCUCAUCUGAGGCCCCUCUGGCGCGGGCGGUGCUCGGGGAGCUGAGGGUCUCCAGUGUCACCCCCAGCUCCGUGGGGCUGCAGUGGAGCGUCCCCAAGGACCCCUUUGACUCCUUCACACUGCAUUACCGGGAUGCCCAGGACCAGCCCCAGACCCUGCCCAUUGAUGGCGGGUCCCGCUCGGUGACGGUGCCAGGGUUGUCCCCAUCCAACUGGUACCGCUUCCACCUCUACGGGCUGCGGGGCGGGAAGAGGAUCGAUCGUGUCUCCAUUGACAUUACCACAGACACAGCUGAGCAAGAGGAGCCACUCUCGCCCUCAGAGGAGCCCCAGCCUGACUACCCUCAAACUGAACCUCCCCCUUCUGAGGCCCCUCUGGCGCGGGCGGUGCUCGGGGAGCUGAGGGUCUCCAGCGUCACUCCCAGCUCCGUGGGGCUGCAGUGGAGUGUCCCCGAGGGCCCCUUUGACUCCUUCAAGCUGCAGUACCGGGAUGCCCAGGGCCAGCCCCAGGCCUUGCCCAUCGAUGGUGGAUCCCGCUCGGUGACGGUGCCAGGGCUGUCCCCGUCCCGCCGGUACCGCUUCCAUCUCUACGGGCUGCGGGGCGGGAAGAGGAUCGACCAUGUCUCCACUGAGGCUGUCACAGCCUCACCCUCGGAGGCUCCCCCAACUGAGGACUCCCCAGCUGAGGGCCACGAACAUGAACACCAACAAACUGAGGCCCUCCCAGCACGAGCAGUGCUCGGGGAGCUGAGGGUCUCCAGUGUCACCCCCAGCUCCGUUGGGCUGCAGUGGAGCGUCACCAAGGGCCCCUUUGACUCCUUCACGCUGCAGUACCGGGAUGCCUGGGGCCAGCCCCAGGCCCUGCCUAUCGAUGGCAGGUCCCGCUCGGUGACGGUGCCAGGGCUGUCCCCGUCCCACCAGUACCGCUUCCACCUCUACGGGCUACGGGGUGGGAAGAGGAUCGACCAUGUCUCCACUGAGGCUGUCACAGCACCAGCCUUACCCUCGGAGGCUCCCGCAACUGAGGACUCCCCAGCUGAGGACCACGAACAUGAACACCAACACACUGAGGUCCCCCCAGCACGAACAGUGCUGGGGGAGCUGAGGGUCUCCAGUGUCACCCCCAACUCCGUGGGGCUGCAGUGGAGCGUCCCUGAGGGCCCCUUUGACUCCUUCACGCUGCAGUACCGGGAUGCCCAGGGCCAGCCUCAGGCCCUGCCCAUUGAUGGCGGGUCCCGCUCGGUGACGGUACCAGGGCUGUCCCCAUCCCGCCGGUACCGCUUCCACCUCUAUGGGCUGUGGGGCGGGAAGAGGAUCGACCGCGUCUCCACUGAUGUCGUCACAGUAGCAACCGAACCAGAGGAGCCGCUUCUGCCCUCAGAGGAGCCCCAACCUGAUCACCCCCAAACUGAGCCUCCCCCAUCUGAGGCCCUACUGGCACGGGCAGUGCUGGGGGAGCUGAGGGUCUCCAGCGUCACUCCCAGCUCCAUUGGGCUGCAGUGGAGUGUCCUUGAGGGCCCCUUUGACUCCUUCACACUGCAGUACCGAGAUGCCCAGGGCCAGCCCCAGGCCCUGCCCAUCGAUGGCGGGUCCCGCUCGGUGACGGUGCCAGGGCUGUCCCCGUCCCGCCGGUACCGCUUCCACCUCUACGGGCUGCGGGGCGGGAAGAGGAUCGACCACGUCUCCACUGAGGCUGUCACAGCCUCACCCUCGGAGGCUCCCGCAACUGAGGACUCCCCAGCUGAGGACCACGAACAUGAACACCUACAAACUGAGGUCCCCCCGGUGCGGGCAGUGCUGGGGGAGCUGAGGGUCUCCAGUGUCACCCCUAGCUCUGUGGAGCUGCAUUGGAGUGUCCUUGAGGGCCCCUUUGACUCCUUCACGCUGCAGUACCGGGAUGCCCAGGGCCAGCCUCAGGCCCUGCCCAUUGAUGGCGGGUCCCGCUCGGUGACGGUGCCGGGGCUGUCCCCGUCCCACCGGUACCGCUUCCACCUCUACGGGCUGCGGGGUGGGAAGAGGAUCGAUCGCGUCUCCACUGAGGCUGUCACAGCAUCAGCCUCACCCUCAGAGGCUCCCGCAACUGAGGACUCCCCAGCUGAGGGCCACGAACAUGAACACCAACACACUGAGGUCCCCCCAGCACGAACAGUGCUGGGGGAGCUGAGGGUCUCCAGCGUCACCGCCAGCUCCGUGGGGCUGCAGUGGAGCGUCCCCGAGGGCCCCUUUGACUCCUUCAAGCUGCAGUACCGGGAUGCCCAGGGCCAGCCCCAGGCCUUGCCCAUUGAUGGCGGGUCCCGCUCGGUGACGGUGCCAGGGCUGUCCCCGUCCCACCGGUACCGCUUCCACCUCUACGGGCUGCGGGGUGGGAAGAGGAUCGACCGCGUCUCCACUGACGUCGUCACAGCUGCAGCCGAGCCAGAGGAACCUCUCCUGCCCUCAGAGGAGCCCCAACCCGAGCACUCCCAAACUGAACCUCCCCCAUCUGAGGCCCCCCUGGCACCGGUGGUGCUGGGGGAGCUGAGGGUCUCCAGUGUCACCCCCAGCUCUGUGGGGCUGCAGUGGAGCAUCCCUGACGGUCCCUUUGACUCUUUCAUGCUGCAGUACCGGGAUGCCCAGGGCCAGCCCCAGGCCCUGCCCAUCGAUGGCAGGUCCCACUCGGUGACGGUGCCAGGGCUGUACCCAUCCCGCCGGUACCGCUUCCACCUCUACGGGCUGCGGGGCGGGAAGAGGAUCGACCAUGUCUCCACUGAGGCUGUCACAGCUGAGCAAGAGGAGCCACUUCUGCCCUCAGAGGAGCCCCGACCUGAGCACCCCCAAACUGAGCCUCCCUCAUCUGAGGCCCCCCCAGCACGAGCACUGCUGGGGGAGCUGAGGGUCUCCAGUGUCACCCCCAGCUCUGUGGGGCUGCAGUGGAGCGUCCCCGAGGGCCCCUUUGACUCCUUCACGCUGCAGUACCGGGAUGCCCAGGGCCAGCCCCAGGCCCUGUCCAUCGAUGGCGGGUCCCGCUCGGUGACAGUGCCGGGGCUGUCCCCGUCCCGCCGGUACCGCUUCCACCUCUACGGGCUGCAGGGCAGGAAGAGGAUCGAUCACGUCUCCACUGAGGCUGUCACAGAGGACCAUGAACACGAGCACCAACAAACUGAGGACCCCCCAGCACGGGCAGUGCUGGGGGAGCUGAAGGUCUCCAGCAUCACCCCCAGCUCCGUGGGGCUGCAGUGGAGCGUCCCCGAGGGCCCCUUUGACUCCUUCAUGCUGCAGUACCGGGAUGCCCAGGGCCAGGCCCAGGCCCUGCCCAUCGAUGGCGGGUCCCGCUCGGUGACGGUGCCAGGGCUGUCCCCGUCCCACCGGUACCGUUUCCACCUUUACGGGCUGCGGGGCGGGAAGAGGAUCGACCACGUCUCCACUGAGGCUGUCACAAGUGAGGGGGAAGGUCAGAGGGCUCCCCCAUCUGAGCCCCCCACAGGACGGGCAGUGCUGGGGGAGCUGAGGGUCUCCAGCGUCACCCCCAGCUCUGUGGGGCUGCAGUGGAGCGUCCCCGAGGGCCCCUUUGACUCCUUCACGCUGCAGUACCGGGAUGCCCAGGGCCAGCCCCAGGCCCUGUCCAUCGAUGGCGGGUCCCGCUCGGUGACGGUGCCGGGGCUGUCCCCGUCCCACCGGUACCGCUUCCACCUCUACGGGCUGCGGGGCGGGAAGAGGAUCGACCGUGUCUCCACUGACGUCGCCACAGGUGCCCCAGGGACACUCUGGGUGGGCUCCGUGUGGCCUCGCAGUGCCCAACUGCACUGGGACCCCCCUCUCAUCCCCCUCGAUGACUACGAGCUGGUGUACGGCCCCCCUGGGGGGCCCCAGCAGACCCUGCAGUUGCCUCCUGAGGCCACGUCGCAGCAGCUGUGGGGGCUUGAGCCGGCGGGACAUUAUGGGGUGCAGCUGUGGGGCCGGAGGGGGGGGGCCCAAACCGCUCCCCUCGAGGCCACCUUUGACACCCGUGAGUGAGGGCAUGGGGGGAUGGGGAGGCUCCCUGGGGGGGGGAACCCCCCGUGCCCCCCAGCCCCUCUCCCUCACCCCCACCCCCGGGACUGUGCCGAGGAGCAGCGGAAUGGGCCGGGCCCGUCGCGGGAGACCCUCGUGUUCCUCGGAGGGGACCCGGCCCGGCCCCUCAGGGUCUUCUGUGACAUGGAGACAGAUGGUGGCGGCUGGCUGGUGUUCCAGCGCCGCCAGGAUGGGGGCACCGAUUUCUGGCGGGGGUGGGAGUCGUACGCCCGCGGCUUCGGCAACAUCAGCGGCGAGUUCUGGCUCGGGAACGAAGCGCUGCACGCGCUGACGGCCGGGACCCCCACGGAGCUGCGCGUGGACCUGCGGACCUCUCACGACUCCGCCUUCGCGCACUAUCGCGACUUCGCCGUCGGCGGCGCCGAGGAGCGAUAUCGGCUCCGAGUCGGGACCUUCAGCGGCACCGCCGGGGAUGCCCUCUCCUACCACUCGGGCAGCCCCUUCUCGACACGGGACCGGGACCCCCGGGACCCUCGGGGCCCCCGAGAGCCCCCGGGGCACCCCCGGCCUCCCCACUGUGCUGUGGCCUAUGGAGGGGCCUGGUGGUACCGGAACUGCCACUAUGCCAACCUGAACGGGCGCUACGGGGCCACCCGGGACCACCAGGGCAUCCACUGGUUCCCCUGGAAAGGCUUCAACGUCUCCAUCCCCUUCACCGAGAUGAAGCUGCGGCCGCAGCGUGACUGAGGGGGCUGGGGGGGGCCCCCUGGGUGUGGGGGGAGUUUAGGGGGGCAAGGGGGCCUCCCUGGGUGCUGGGGGGUCCCAGGCAUCUGGGGGCCCCCAGGUGGGACUUGGGGAGAGGGUGGGGGGUCAAGGGUGAAACUUUCAUUGGGGGUUAAUAAAAGCUGACGGUGACACCCCUGUCCCACGGUGAUCCCGACAUCUGGGGUGAGCAGAGGUCAGGCUGGGAGUGGGGGCAGGGGGACCUAGAGGUUCAGGUAGGGGUUCUGGUCUCUCUCUCCAUUGAAAUGCU